CGAGCGGUGCUUGACGUGGUUUCUCGGAGACGACGUCCUUCUUUCUUCUUUUUCGGCGAUUCCGCUCAAAAUUUUAGGGUUUGCUUCUCGAUCCCUUCCCACGUCUAACAAGGAGAGAAACCCUUCUCUCUUCUCGCUUCGACGAGGAAGACCAUUAUCCCCGCGAUGAUGCUGUUGGAUGAACGAUCGAACUUGUUCUUUAUUGACGUAUUAAUUGUUAUUUGUUGCCCUAAUGGAGUAAUGCACAAAUUCUGAUGAAAAAUUUAGUUCUUGUAAGAUUUUGAACUUUUAAUGUUUGUGGAAGAGUUGCGUGAGUGGAAGCUGGUAAAGAGGUCAGAUUUCUGGAUAAAAUAUAAUUCAGGGUUUGGUUGUGUUGUUGGAUUUUGUUUUAAGCCUUAAAGUUCGGAUUUUUAUAUGGUUCAUCUUCUUUGAAAAGCUUUUGUUUUCGUUUUGGAAGACCCUUGAAGAGCUAGUGGCCCGCGUAUUAUUUAAAAUAAGGAUGACUCGUUAAUGUCAUUCAAGCCAUAUCCGUUACUAGCUUAUGUGUUAUUAUCUUAUUGGAAAUAUGCAUACAACCUGAACGAAUGGAAGAUACAUCCAAUAGAGUAUGAUGAAGAUUAAGGUUUAUUAUUAAGGGCAUGGGUUGAGUUGUAGGAAAUGAUGGGUACUCUUUUAAGAUAUCUUAUUAUUCUUUGGAGGCCUUCCUUCUGCUCAAAAUUUGUUAUGGUCUCUGGUUGCUCAAGCUUGGCUGAUGUCCAAGUAGGGCUGGGGCCCAGAGUCCUUUGAUAACAGUUGCCAGCUUAGGUAUUUUGGCUCAUCAUGUUCUAGACCAAACUGAUGUUGCAGGAGUAUGAGAUUGUAUAGCAAACAUUUAUUAUUCUUGUGUAAAUUUUCCUUUUAAUUCUUUGUGUUGUGGUGCCUCUUCAAUUUACUGUUAUGCUCACUAGUGGCUGAACGUUUUAAAAAGAGAGCCUUUAAAAUUAUGACUGUGGCAAGUCAAUCUGUAUUGACUCCGUCUUUUGUUGUUAGUGCUGUUUGACUUUCUUUUCUUGAAUUGUGUGAACAUAGUUUCUCAGCUUAUCUCAGGUUCACAAUAUUCAUGGUUUAAAACUCGUGCCAUAAAAGCUAAAUUCUGAUGGACUGCGAAGAGAGUGAUUGAAAAUUAUCACAAUCAUUCUGGGAUCGUAAGUUGCUCAGCAACAGCAGGCUCAAAGUUCUGUAUUCAGGGGUCAAUUAUUUGCUCCAUUCAAGCAAAUGCUUUAAUUUGAGUUUCUGCUAGAAUGUCUUGGAGAAGAGUUUGCUUUAUCUUGUUGCUUCUCUUUUCUCUGGUUGAGUCAACAAGCAGAUCAUUGGAUAUGUGGCCUCUUAAGUUAGAAGGAGGUUCAAAGUUUUCACCCAGCUGGCCUAUCAUGAGUGCAGCCUUUUUUGUCCUUGUUGCACUUGUGCUUUCCAUGUUCUUGAUUUUUGAGCAUCUUGCUGUUUACAGUCAGCCUGAGGAACAGAAAUUCUUGAUCGGUAUCAUUCUAAUGGUCCCUGUUUAUGCUGUGGAAUCGCUUUUGUCACUGUUAGACUCCAAGGUUGCAUUUGUAUGUGAAAUCAUGCGAGACUGUUAUGAAGCAUUUGCUAUGUAUUGUUUUGAGAGAUACUUGAUUGCAUGUUUAGGUGGUGAGGAAAAAACAAUUCAGUUUAUGGAGUCACAGAUUGAAAUCAGUUCUAGCAUUCCUCUUCUGGAAGUGGAAUAUGCUGACGGAAUUGUUGAACACCCUUUCCCACUGAAUUGCUUAUUGAGACACUGGUAUCUUGGCUCAGACUUUUAUCAGGCUGUAAAAAUUGGCAUUGUUCAAUAUAUGAUAUUGAAGACUAUAUGUGCUCUUUUUGCCAUCAUUCUUGAACUUUUUGGUGUUUAUGGAGAAGGGAAGUUUGAGUGGAGAUAUGGAUAUCCAUAUCUGGCUGUGGUUAUGAAUUUUAGCCAGACAUGGGCAUUGUAUUGCCUUAUAAAAUUCUAUUCUAUCACGAAGGAUAAGUUGCAACCCAUAAAGCCUCUCGCCAAGUUUCUUGUGUUCAAGUCUAUUGUGUUCGUGACUUGGUGGCAAGGUGUUGCGGUGGCAUUUCUCUUCUCAACAGGGAUUUUUAAAGGUCAUUUGGCUAAAGAGCUGAAGACACGCAUCCAGGACUAUAUAAUUUGCAUCGAGAUGGGGAUUGCUGCUGUGGUGCACUUGUAUGUAUUCCCAGCGAGACCUUAUCAACGCGGAGAGAGAUGCGUUCGUAAUUUUGCUGUGAUGACUGACUAUGCAUCACUUGGAGCUCCUCCUGAUCCCGAAGAGGUUAGAGAAAGUGCAAGGUUAUGGAAGAUGCAUGUCGAUCGGUUUGGUGACAGAGAAAAACGGUUGAGCUUCCCACAAAGUGUUCGUGAUGUUGUGUUUGGGAGUGGGGAGAUUAUGGUGGAUGAUGUCAAGUUCACUGUGUCACAUGUGGUAGAACCCAUGGAGCGAGGGAUUGCAAGAAUAAACGAAACCUUCCAUCAGAUAUCCGCAAAUGUGAAGCAGUUCGAGAAGCGAAAGAGAAAAGCCAAGGAUGACAGUUUUCUUAUACCUUUGGAGUCUCGCAGCGAGGAAUUCUCAGAGGCUUAUGAUCAGCUUCCCGAAGGGAGUAUCAGUGACAGUGGUGUAACCAAGAAGCGAUACCAAAACACAAGAACCAUACCAUCAGCUAUUAGGAAAUCAGAUUCGUCUUCGCCACUCUUUUUCGAGUUCACCGGCAGUAGAUGGAGUUAAAAAUUUCUAAUCCUCAUUACAAGGCUAGAUUCUUACAUUGAUCAGUAACUAGAUGAUUAGUAACAGUAAUCUGGUGAUGGUGGUGGUGAGAUGCUUACAUAAUUCACGGAUUGAAUACAACCUCCUGUACAAAAAUUUGAUUGUUGGUUCAAAUUGAUUCUGGAAGUGUAAAUCAGAGAUAUUAAUGUUGGAUAAUACCGGAAUUUUUUUAUUUCUCUUUUAACUCUGGGCUUAGCUCUAUGUACAUUAUUG